UCCAAGGACGGCGUGAAGUUCUCCACGACCGGCGACAUCGGCCAGGCGAACAUCACGUGCCGCCAGAACACGUCCGUGGACAAGGAGGAGCAGACCGUGAUCGAGCUCCAGGAGCCGGUGACGCUCACGUUCGCGUUGAGGUACCUCAACUCGUUCACCAAGGCGACGCCGCUCGCGCCGACGGUGCAGCUGCAGAUGUCCAAGGAGCUUCCCGUCGUCGUGCAGUACCUCAUCGCGGACAUGGGGUACGUGCGCUACUACCUCGCGCCGAAGAUCGAGGACGAGGAGACCGCGGGCGAGGCGUAA